UAUAGAUUUAGUAAAAGAAAAUGUACAUACAUUAAAUACUUAAUUUAUUAAUAAAUAAUAUUAAAAUACGAAAGGGCAUAAAUUAAUUCAUUAGGAAAUAAUAUAUUAAAGAUUUGAUUUAAUAAUUACUUAAAAUGAAAUAAACAAUACUGAUUUUACUCGCUUUAAGUUGUGUUUUAGGUACAUAAAAUCCUUUAUUUUUAAAUGAAACCUAUACCACUGGUCUCAUUACUAUCAAAAAAUCAAGUGAUAUCUUUUACUGGCAUUUUGAAUCAAGAAGUAAUCCCUCUGAGGAUCCUAUAGCUUUCUGGUUAGCUGGAGGUCCUGGUGCCUCAUCUAUGAUCUCAGUUCUUGCUGGUAAUGGUCCUUACAGAUUGAAUUAGUAAGAUUAAACUUUAGAAACAAACAUAUAUGCUUGGAAUAAUUAAGCUAAUAUGGUCUUUGUGGACUAGCCUGUUGGAACUGGUUUUUCAAAUGCUGGAAAUGGUGAAUUAACUAAAAGCGAGAGUGAAGUUGAAGAAGAUUUUUACUAAUUCCUUUUAGGCUUUUUUGAAUAAAAUCCCUAGUAUAUUGGAAGACCACUUUACCUUACUGGUGUAUCAUAUGCAGGCCAUUUUGUUCCUGCUAUAGGUGCAAGUUUAAUUAAGAAGAAAGACCCAAAAAUUAACUUAUAAGGUCUUGCUAUUGGUAAUGGUUGGGUAGAUCCUUAAAUUUAGUACCCUUCUUAUGGUGAAUUUGCUUUCAAAAAUAACUUGAUUAGUUCUUAUGAAUACAAUUUAGUUGCAAAGCCUACCUUAUCUAAUUGUUCUAAAUUAAUUGCUAAAAAAGCACCUUAUAAAAUUUUUAAGCCUAUUUGCAUGAGAGGUAUGUAUGAUAUAGUAGGUAACGAAGAGAAUCCUAAGUUUGAUGUUUACAACGUCAAAUGUACUGGACCUGAUUGCGAAAGUGCUUUCAAUGGCUUAUCUGAUUAUUUUAAUAGAGCAGAUGUUUAGGCUGCUUUAGGAGUCUCAGGAAGAAACUGGUAAAUAGAAUCUGAUCCAGUAUAUGAUGCUCUUGAAUAUGACUAUGACUUAAGCUAUGCUUAAGAUGUUGCUUUUGUUUUAGAAAGUGGAAUUAAGGUACUAGUUUACUAUGGUGACUUAGAUUUUAUAUGCAACUAUAUCGGAGGGCUUUAAUGGGCUGAAAACAUGAAUUGGAGUAUGUAAAAAGAUUUUUAAAACGCAGAAUUCUAAGACUAUCUUGUAGAUGGAAAAGUUGGAGGUUAAUUUAAAAGUGCUGGUAAGUUUUCAUUCCUUACAGUAAAUCAAUCAGGGCACAUGGUUACAGUAGAUCAACCUGCUCUAGCUUUGCAAAUGUUUAAUUAAUUUAUUUCUAAUUAAAACAUCAGAAAUAAAGAUUAAUAUUGAGUAUAUAUAUAAAUCAAUAAAUAAAUUUGUCUUAUCUUAAAAAAUUAUUAUAAACUAAUCAAUAAUUAUUAUAUUUAAAUCUUAAAUUACCCUUUAGAUUUAAAUCAAUUACUUAUUAAUAAAUUACAAAAAUGUUAAAAUUAAAUAUAACCUUUCAUCAAAAUAUUUAUGAAAAUAAAUCUUGUUUUAUUAAUAACAAUCAAGCAUUACUUACUUG